GAAUACACGCGACUUUAAUAUUUUGAAGAGUGCAUUCCAUUUCCCACGAACAAUUGCCACAACUUGCCAAUUGGCCUGCAGGCUGCUUGUCCAAAUAGGGCCAAGUCUGCCGCACGUAUCUAUUACGUUCGGCUCCGUGAACCAGCUUCACUAUCUUGUCUCAAGCACCAGCAUGUCCAAAUCGUCCCCUUGGAAUCCCCUUGCCCGUAAUACAGCAGUCGCAAAUCAUCAGGAAAGUGAAAACCCGCACCAAGAUCUCCGUUUGCUAGACCAAGCCGAACAAGAUGAGGACUCUUCGUCAUCUCCACAAAGUCGCGCGAAACGUCUGGCCCUCAGAACCAAGGAUUUUGGAAAGAGUAUCGGUGGUAGAGCUCAGUCACCAAGUUCGCCUAAAUCCAGCGGAGAGCACAGGCGUGUGUUCAGUCUGAGUCGCAAAGGCAAGGGCAAAGAGCCGUCGGAUCAAACUGAAGUAGCUGUUGCGCCCAGUACCCGCUCGCAGAUUCCCAAACAGGCACCUUCCAAUGGAAAUACUGACACAGAGUUCCAGCUGUCAGAUGCUAUCCAAGAUGACUCGCCUUUUAUCAGACCUCGUUCACCCUCUCCACUCCGUAGUAGGCCCUCAUUACAGGCAUUCCGAGGGACUGGCUCUAUGCGCGCAGGAACUCAAACUCUUAUUCAAGCUCUACAAGCCAUUCCAUGGGCAGAUGUUUCUGAUCAUGACGAUGACCUUACUAGUGCCACAACACCGCAUGGGGAUGAGGAUAGCGACGAAGAUUCUGGAGCAGUACGCAUGGCUUCUUCUAUUCACGCUAUUUAUCGUCCUGUUGCGCGCUCGAGAAGAACAGAAGCAUCCUUAUCAUCACGCGUUGCGCUGCCUUCGCCUGAGGAAGGACAUGAAGGAUCUGACGGAGAUUUGGACGUGACUGGUCUCUCCGAAGAGGAUGCUGAUGCCGAGGACUUUGAAGCUGCUACGCCGCGUCCCGCAGAUACACAGAAGCCAGCGCUCGCUCUCCAAGAGCUGCCGACGGCCUACCGACCCGGGGUGGUCAUGCGACGCAGGGCUUCUAGCCAUGCUGGGAGUAUCACGACUGUCAAAGUCGGGCGGAGGGCACGCCUAGCCGAGAAAUUAAAGGAAAUCUUUGAGUUGGAUGCCAUCGAUGAAGUUUUAGCGGAACUGCCUUGCUGGUUGCUUCGCUCUGUCUUGUUACAGGGAUAUAUGUACCUCACGAACUCUCAUUUAUGCUUCUUUGCACAUAUGCCCAGUCGAGAGGAUCAAAUACUCAAGUCAGGGACACUCAGCAAGAAGGCUAACCGUACUAAGCGGUGGACAAAGCACUGGUUCGUGCUUAAAAAUGACGCCCUAUCUUGGUACCAGUCUUCCUCGGACCCGUAUUUCAUAAAUGGUAUAGUGGAUCUUCGUUAUGCGAUCUCUUGUGAUCCAUCCGGAGAGAAGGAGAUACGUCUCCGAACCAACCAGAAGAAUGUGCUCAUGUCGGCCGAUUCAGUUCCCAGUCGAGAGGAGUGGGUAAAGGCCAUAAGAAAAGUCAUCUUCAAGGCACAAAAUUCAGGUGACACUGUUAAGAUUGCGAUUCCUUACUCGGCUGUCAUUGAUGUUGAGAAGUCAUCAGCAAUAGACUUUAGCGAGACCAUCGAGGUCAAAGUAGAGGAGGAGCCCUAUUCAGUGGACUCUUAUUUCUUCGCCUACUUCCAGGACCUGCCGGUCGCGUUGGAACAUAUUCGCGAUGCUGUGCGCUCAUCUCGUUCCUUGGUCCCCAGGUCGCCUCUGGCGCUCUUGGACACCACCUCUACCCGCCCGCCACAAUCUUCUGCCACUCAAGGUAUGGAUCGCACUAAGAGCCUUCCAACACCGGACACGCGUUUUGGCUCCUCUUUUAGAUUAUCAUCCCUUCUGCGACCAUUCCAUGACUCGCUCCCUACGUCCUUGGGGCGCAUCAACAGCGCACCAGGGGCUCCCGAACCUACCGAAGCGCCUGAUGAGUACACUCACAUAUUUAAGAGAUCAGGUUCUUCACUGGUACCUAUCACAUCUUCACCCGAUCCGAUAUCUCCCCCAGACUCAAGUAGGGCGCUUCACGCUCUUUCCAAGGCAUCCACAAUCGCCACUCCGACAGACCACACCUAUCCUCCUUCUACGUCUGUGAGUGAUUUGGUUUCUAGUCCAUCCACGAAGUCCGCCCCAUCAAGUGUUCCGUGGAACGUGGGAGUACCCUCAUGGCUCAAAGUCCCGCGUAGCCGCAUCAGUACCUCUACCUCAAAUGUGUCUGCGCUUGGUGCCUCUCCCAGUGGGGGCGGCAUACGUGAAGUGUAUUCUACCCCAUCAACUGCAGAAUCAGCAGCCCAGCAGCACUUGGGAAGUACCCAAGGUGAUCUGGGAUACAGUGUUCUCGAGACAACGGAAGCUGCUGUCGACCCGGAAGCUACUGAGAAAUUCAGGAUUGCAUUUGCCUUUGACGAGAAGGAGAUCCUAUUGGGCUAUUUUGCUGGAUACCUAUUCCGUCUUCUACCACUACCUGGCCGGUUGUAUGUCUCCACCAACUAUUUCUGUUUCAAGUCAACUGGCCCUCUUACUUCCAAGACUCGGAUGAUUCUUCCUAUUCGAGAUAUCUUGAGUGUCGAGAAGGCCAAGGGCACUCGGUUCGGCCACUACGGUCUCACAGUCGUUAUCAAAGGCCACGAGGAACUGUUCUUUGAAUUUGGCUUUGAUGACCGCCGAAGAGCAUUUGUCGGCAUUCUGGAACGGCAAAUGGAAGAGGUCAGGAAGCGUGCGAGCGCAGGAGAUGUUCCGGUCCUCAGUAAGGGGAAAAAGGAUGCACUCAUCUUGGAGGAGUUCGAGCCUGCCAGUUUCACAGAAACAGAUCCCACCCCUCCACCCGAAAGCAUGUCUGAAUCACUCCCGGCAGUGAUGUUUACCUCUUCCUCGUCAACUUUCCUAACUUUCAAGCCGAAGGAAUCUUUGCAUUUCACUUUCCUGACGAUUGGAUCGAGAGGAGAUGUACAACCUUAUAUAGCUCUGGCGAAGGGUCUCAUGGACGAUGGUCAUCGAGUCAAAAUUGCAACACAUGGCGAAUUCCGUGAAUGGAUAGAAGCCUAUGGAAUCGAGUUCGGCUAUGUUGGUGGAGAUCCAGCAGAGCUCAUGCGCAUCUGUGUUGAGAAUGGCACGUUCACUGUGGCAUUUCUCAAGGAAGGCUUGCUAAAGUUCCGCGGGUGGGUCGAUGACCUUUUGAAGACUUCAUGGGAAGCAUGUCAGGGCACAGAUGUCCUGAUUGAAAGCCCCAGCGCCAUGUCCGGAUAUCACAUUGCAGAGGCACUCAAGAUACCCUACUUUAGAGCUUUCACAAUGACUUGGACACGCACCAGGGCAUAUCCACAUGCCUUUGCCGUCCCAGAACACAAGAUGGGUGGUGGGUAUAACUAUAUGACUUACGUUAUGUUCGACCAAGUAUUCUGGCGUGCUAUCUCGGGGCAAAUAAACCGUUGGCGACGUAACACUCUGCAUAUAGGCAAUACUAGCCUUGAUCGUAUGCAGCCUCACAAGAUACCUUUCCUGUACAAUUUCAGUCCUGCUCUUGUGCCCCCUCCUUUAGAUUGGCCUGAGUGGAUCCGCAUCACUGGAUACUGGUUCCUCGACGACGCAGAAGUUGGCGCCAAAAAAUGGACUCCACCACCUGAUCUCCUACCGUUCAUCGAUUCGGCUCAUGAAGCCGGCAAGAAGGUCGUCUACAUUGGCUUUGGCAGCAUCGUUGUCUCAGAUCCGGUAGCAAUGACUCAUUGCGUGAUAGAGGCUGUUUUGCGGAGUGGCGUAUAUGCAAUUCUCUCCAAAGGCUGGUCCGAUAGAUUACAAACGAAGUCCUCGGAAGCAUCUGAACCCGAGGAACCAUUACCCAAGCAAAUCUAUCCGAUUAAUUCCAUUCCUCAUGAUUGGUUGUUCCAGCGCAUUGAUGCUGCAUGUCAUCAUGGUGGUGCUGGAACUACUGGUGCAAGUUUAAGGGCUGGCAUACCAACCAUCAUCAAACCUUUCUUUGGGGAUCAGUUUUUCUCCGCCGAUCGCGUUGAAGCUCUUGGCAUAGGAACGGGUGUCCGCAAAUUGACCGUGGAGAGUAUGACUGAGGCGCUUGUCUCCGCGACUACAGAUAUUAAACAAAUUGAGAGGGCGAAACUAGUUGGAGAACAGAUACGCGCCGAGAAUGGUGUGGCAACCGCAAUAGAAGCCAUCUAUCGUGAUCUUGACUAUGCUCGCUCAUUGAUCAAGCGAACCCCCAACGAAUCAGAGGCGACACAUGAUGUCGAAGGCACUGCCCGCGACGAGCAUAAUAUCGUAUCAUCACAUUCUACUCUGGAGCGUUCUGGUUCUGGUUCUGGUUCCCAGACUUCAACGGAUUCCCGCCGAGUCAGCGAAGACUGGAGUGUAAUUUCUGAUGGCGACGACAAGCGCCCCUCUGGUUCAGGUAGAUCGAGUGAUUGCAAGCUCGACCGGUCCUCGACUUUCAAACGCAGCAGUCUUGCGGCUGCGGUUAUGUCUGUGCUACCAGAUGCACUCACCCCUCAUCGCCAAUCCACAUCGUCACAGCCAUAAUUUGACUAUAGUUUAUUAUGUCUACUAGUUUUACUGUAAUGUUCGUCUCAUUGUACAAUGCACAUUUCUCGAUC